AGAUCUAGAUCAGCGCGUUAUCUUUGGAAUUGAGUUAUAUUCUUCUUGCGGGGUGUCAAUCUAAUUGAAUCAAGGAUUUAUCGACGCUUCUUUGCCGCAACUCUUUUUCUAUCUUCAUAUAUCCGGAUAUUUUUGCCAAUAUUUUUGUGGUCCAACCCUUUGGAUAUGUAGCUUCGUUUAGAGUUACUAAUUAUUAAAUUCGUUGGACAGUUUGCGGUGUCUAAAGAUGUACGGAGCCAAUAUGCACAAGAAGAACUUCAACGACAAAACGCCCAAGGACCUAGCAUCCUCUAACAAGCAACACGACUGUGUUCGAUAUCUGGAUACCAUCAAGAAACCUAAAGCUGAGAAGUCGCAGAAAAGAGCUAACAGUCUGACAAGGAUUGUGCAAGCUUUGUCUAUCUCGGGAUCAGAGGAGAAAUCUCCCAAGUUUUCUGGAACCUUGAGCAAGUCUAAACGAAAAGGAAAAGCUCAUGACAAAUCUAUGUCGGACACCGAAUCAGAUACCUUCUCAUCGUUUCCAUGUGAGAAACUGAACUUCAACAGCAAUCUGAACAGAACGCUGCCUCCCCCCGCACCCAGCAGCGACAAGCUCCUCAGUGUAAGAAGACCACGUGCUGGCAGCUUCAACUCUAACAGAAGUGGUGAAGAAGAUUCCAAAUCUGUGUACAGUAACGGAAGUGGAAGUGGCAUAUUAAAACAUAACAGUUGGAUCGGCUCCGGUACCAAGAUCAACAGAAGCCAAUCUAAUGGAGAGAUUAUGACAGGAUCACCAGCCAGCUCCGCCAACUCUACAGGGUUCGACAUAAUGCAAGUUUUAAGGGACGAGAAGAGAAGACAGGAGAAGUUGAGAGCAGCUGACGAGGAUGAUAGACAGAGCAUCAGGAGCGGCAGCUCGUACAACGGAACUCGUGGAAGAUCAGCCUCCUUCCUCAGCUCUGACGGUACCCUGGACCAAGGUCCCUCCUUCGCCCGGUCCCCAAUGUCUGGUUCAGGCUACGUUCCAUCCCCACCUCCCAGAUCCGUCUCUAUGGACCCCUCCAGAACCUCUGUCAACAGUAUUGAUUUUGAUCUGAGACUUGGUUCUCCGAGAUCCCCAGGACCAGAGGGGGUAUCUGUCUCUGAUAGGUCGUCUCUGGCUCUAUCAGAUUCAUCAGGGGACUCGGCCCGGCCGCUGAGUACGAUAAACCGUAUACCCUGCCCGAUGCACCGUCCAACAUCACCCUCUAGGAUAACUACUGGUGAUUUCAACAAGGUGUUCAGUGAACGUCAGGCAGCUAGACAGAAUACUAGGUGCACAUGUAGAAACAGUGGUGAGGUUAUCCUACGUGACAUCCCCGAACAACAGCGCCACAUGGUAGCAUCUCGCUCCUCCAACGGUUCAGACUACGCCAUGUCCCCGACCGGGUCAGGUGGAUCAGGAGUCACCACACUUCGCCGUCAAGCUUCAGAGCUGAGCAGACUCAAUCUGGACAAUUUCAGAUCAAAUUGGGGGACCAAAACGUUAACUCAGCCAGCUAGCAGCAAUAUAUAUUCUAGGUCUCCGGUGGGGACCAAACCUUCACCCCAAAGCUCAAAUUCGACCCAAAAUUUUGGGGUAAGUAACGGACAAUGCCAGGGAUCGCCCUGGAUUAACGAGUAUGGUAGUGCCGAAAAAAACGGCAUCAUAUUUGAUGAAAACAUAUGUAACAGUAAAACGUACCGUGAUGGAACUACAUUCAGGACUUCCACAAAUCUUUCUGAUAUUUGUAAGCUGUGAAGUGUCUUAAUUGAUGGAGCUGUUGAUUGGCCCUACAAAGAUGAGUUUCAGUGUUACUUGUGAUAAGCUUUAUCACUGAUUGGACAGAUCGCUGCAUGUGCGAUUUUGAGAUAUCUGGAUUUGACAGACUUCGAAGUUGAAUUUUCUGUGAUAAAUUUUGCUUGUAGUUGACAUUUUUAUUGUAUAAUUUCCCCUGAUAACUGAGGAGAUACCAUUAUUAGCUGCAAUGACAAGAAUUGGUUAUCAAUUGAAGUCCUAGAUAUUACGUUUGUACAUACAAUUGCAUUUUGCAUUUGCACUGCUAUAUUAAAAUUUGAAAUUCAUUGAUUUACUAAAACUGAAA